ACAAGCAUUGAGCAGACAGUUUUACAUGUAUCGGUGAAGUGAGUAGUUGUGUUUCAGUUUUAUAGCCAAUUUUCAUCUAUCGUUUUUUCCAUUGCGUCUCUUAGUAAGCGUGCAUAAAAUUUUGUUUCGUUACAAUUUAUCAAAAGCAAGAAAAAUAAGGUUUCAUAUUUUGAAUUUGAAUUAAAUCAAAUACCUGUUCGAAUGUAAAAUUUUGAAUGUUCGCAAAAUCGAACGGAAAAUAAAAUACAGAAGCAACAUAAAAAAGGCGUUAUCCAGACGAAGGAUUCAAAUUCGAUUCGGAGACAUCAUUAGUUUUCUACAGAGUUUUUUUUCCCUUAGAAAAUAGAUUUUAAAACAGACUUUUGACAUUUUUGUGAUUGAGUGCACAUAUAGAGACAUAAUAUUAUUCGCCAAGACAAUUGUUUUACGGUUACGUGAAAUUCAUUAUCGAUAUUAUAUUUUGGAUAAUUCCAUUUGCAAAACUAAAAUCGAAAAACCAACGGAUUUGUUCGGUUUUUUUGUGUUCGGAAAAAAUAAAUAUAUUUGCUGACGAAAUUCAGAACAGACGUAUCAUAAUCGUUAAAUAAAACGAUCGUUUGAGUAAAAAACCACAAGAGAGAGAAAAAAAAUCUACAAGCUAAAAUGGGCAAGGCACAAAGUAAACGUUCUGUGGAUAUCACAACAGAAAACAAAGAAGGUGUAGCUCUAGCUGAAGGUGAAAGCGGCAAAGUUGGCAAAAUCGAGGACGUCGAUCAAAAACCACAAUUGAAUGGUGAAGCCAAUAAGGAUGCUGACUCAGGUACUAAUGAAAAACAGGAAGAGAAGAAGGACGAUGGUGCCGAAAAUGAAAAGGAUGCAGCCACCGAAAAGACCGAACAACCAGCCGCAGCUGAACCAGCAGCAGCUAAAACCGAUGCAGAUGGUCAAGAAGCCGAAAAACCAGCUGAAAACGGUGCUGGAGAGGAAGCGGAAAAUGCUGCCGAUACAACCACCGGCACACUUGAUGAAAGCAAAGAUGGCGUUGAAAAUGCUGGCGAUGAUGCAAACGCUUCAUCAACACCAGUGACUGACAGCGCCAAAAAACCGAAAAAAGACAAAUCGAAAAAACGCUUCUUGUCAUUCCGCUCGUUCUCGUUCAGCAAGAAAGACAAAACAAAGCCGAAAAAGGAAGAAGCCGCCGCUAACACAACUAACGGUGAAUGCGAAAAAGUUCCCGAAGAGGGAACUGAAGAUGCUGCUGCAGCCGCUGAUGCUGCACCAUCUGGUGAAGAAAAGAGCGCCGAACCAGUAACCAAUGGAACAACUGAAGAAGUUAAGACCAAUGGCGAACAAGCUGCACCAGUUGCAACACCUGAAGAAUCAGUGACGCCACCAUCAAAUGGCGACAGCAAACCAAUUGUUGAGGUCGCAAAGGAGACGGUCGAUGAAGUUAUUGUGGCUGCUUCCAAAUCCGUUGACGAAAAGUUAAACUCCGUAGCCAAGCCAGAGGUAAACAAGAAUGCUGACCAAGAUUUACAAGAAACACAUACACAAGCUCUUGAUAACGUCGAACACGAAAAAUCGCUGUCUAGCGAAAAUGAAAAUGUUGACAUAGUUCAAAAAAAUAUUGUUGAUACCAUCGACACCAGUUCAGUCGUUGGUGUGGUUGAUUGCACAAAUAAUAGUUCGAAUAAUGAUAACGAUAACAUUAAUUCACAAUCCGCACCUCCCUUACCCGAUAGCCCACCACCAUCACAGAUUACUGUAUUUGCCGAAUCGGCUAUGUCUGUUGAUUUAAAUCAGGUGGAAAAUGUUCCACAAACAGUUCUCUCUGUUGUUGAAACCAUCGUCGAACCAAUUGCCCAAAUCGAUUCCGAAUUAGUCGGUGAUGAUAAAAAAAUCAAACUUGCUACUUCUUCUGAAUUGGUUGCACCAUCCAACGAUGUAAAGGUCAGCGAUAAUAACAAUGAUGUCGCUGUCGAAUCCCAAACGAUUGAAGUAACAGAAGCUAAAAAUGAAAUCAUCGGUGAAGCGCCGAUUGAAACAAUUGAGGUUUACGACGAAAAGCUGCCUACGUCAAAUGUACCAUGCGAAUCACCUCAAUGUGAAACCGAAAUUAAAGUUGAUAAUGAAUGCGAACCGGAAUUACCGAAAUCGGACGAUGAAAUUGCCGAAACAAUUGAAAUUCUUGAUCGCGUCAAUCUCAAUGAAUCGGAUGUUAUACCGAUUGAAAAUGUUGUUACUGAAACAAAUAUUGAACCUAUAUCCGCUGACAUAUCAUCCCCACUCCAACAAUAUAGUUUGGAUACCCUUCCUUCUCCACAAUCAUUGUCAUCGUCAAAUUUAACACCACCAAAUGAAAUUGACGAAAGUGCCACGGUUGAGCUAGGUAAUGAAGAUGUUACAUCAUUACCGCCACCACCGCCAAUCGAUGAUAUUGUUGUUGAUGACGAUGAGAAAACAACCGAACAAAGUGGUUCCGAUUCCACCAACAUGGGUGUCGAUAACAUUGCUGAAAACAACUCAUCGCACACAUUGCCACCGCCACCAACACAUGAACUUAUCGAACAUGAGAUUAUCGAUGAACUGAAAACAAAUGGCGUGGCCGCUGUCUCCUCCGUUGCCGUCGAUAACCAAGCAGAAAACGACCAAAAACACAAUGUUGAUGAAAUGAGCGGCGAUGGUAUUUUGAACGGUUCAGCUAAAGAACACGACGUGGCCACCAAUAAUAUUUCUGAUAAGGCUAAUGGUGUCAGCACCGAUAACGGCGUCUCGGAAAAAUUGAACGGUGACCACAAAACAGAGGAAAUCGCUACUUCGCCAGAAAAAUUAGAAAAAUUGGCAGCAGCCAAUCCACCACCAUCAACAGAAGUUGUAGCUGCCGAAUAAGAUGCAUCGAUUGUGUGUUGCAAAAAGAAUUUGAUUUAUUAAACUAAAUAUUAAAUAUAAACAAUUUAUAUAUUAAGAGAGAAAGUAAGGAAAAUGGAAAAUUGACUCAAAAUCAAUUACAAACAAUGAUGAACAAAACAAAACAUAACACGAAAGAAACAACAACUACAACAAAAAAACAUAAACGGGAAAGCCAUAUUUACACACGAUAAAUAGCAUGAAAACAUACAUACAUACAGACAACAGAAAUAUGCAAUAUGGAAAGAGAAAAGAAACGCCUCUGGAAUGGCAAACAAAACAACAGCAACAAUUAUAUAUAUAUAUGAAUCAGUUCUUCUUGCAAUAGGGAUAGCUUAACAAUUGUAAUGUCAAUCAAAAACAAAAUAAAAGAAAGAAAUUAUUUAGUAACAUCAUGAACACACACAUAAAGUGACAAAACGAUUUCGACCACGCUACAAAUCACAUCAAAGCAUCAACGCAUAAUUAAAAAUGAAUUGAAAAAGAGUAACGAAGAAGAAAACAGCAAAAAAAUCACAAUAUUAUCUAAAUAUUACAUUUUUAUAUGUAUUUUGUAUUUGUAUCACGUACCGUUAAGCAUGCAUACAGAAUCGAAGCAUAAUUACUAACUACUAGAUGAGAAACGAAAACAAAAGACAAACAACAACGACAAAGUAGUAGCAUGAUAACCUUUUUUUUUAAAGAAAAAUAUCCAAUAAGGAAUUCCGAACUUUCUAUCUUUCUCUCUCUCUCUUCAACAUAAAAAAAAAUUGGAAAAUUUCAUUUCAAAGCAUCUUUUACUUUUCCAAGUAAUGCAAUUGUAAAUCUCCUUUUAUCACUUUCAUAUCCAUGUCUAAACUAUUCCAAUUAUAUGAAAUACAUGAACAUUUAUCGGUUUCUCAUUUUUAUUAUUGUGCUUUGAUGAGUCAUUAUGUAGCUUUUUUACUUGUUUGUCGAAAUCACAUACAUACAUUUAUAUUUAUCAUCAUGCAUUGUAAAGAGAAAUAUACGAAUCAAAAUUAAGAUGAAUAAAACAAUAGAAAUAGUGGUCACAACUUUAUUUUUACGUCUACUUUUGAAAAGGAUAAAAAAAAAACAACAACAUGCGAUCCACAUCAAAUAUACUUUUAUGUAAAUGUGCAUCCCCUUCAAAAUAUUUCAAAUAAACAAUGAAAAUUUUUACAAUAAUAAAAAAUUACACAAAAAAAAUCAUAAUCGUAAAUGAUAAAAUGUAUGCUUCUUUUUGUUACAUGAUACAGAGUAAAAAAACAAUAAAUCUCCAAAAAUACAUGAAUAUAUUUAAAGGAAAAAACAAACAACACGUCGAAUAUAAAUUAUUUUUUGCUCGAGCUUUCUUUUUUAAUGGACACUUUCACUUUGAAACAUUGCGAUCAACAUAAAUCGAUUUUGGAAAGAAUGUUGGAGUAAGAAAAUGAUUUUGUGUAUGCCUAUGAACAUGCGAUAUCAUUUUUUAGACUGAAUUGAUUUUUGCCUAAAUCCACAUUCAAUAUGCAUUUAAUAUUCACAUAAAAGGCUAUACAAAAUCGAUGUUUUUUGUUCGGCACAGUUUUUUUAAGAUGAACAUUUUUACAUACUAUACUUAAUAAAUGCGGUGGAAAUAAUAUUUAGUUAUGUUUUAAAUAUACUAAUUCGAUAUGUAGUAUGCUAUUUCCAUCAGUUUUCGAUCAAUGAAAAAAUUCGAUACGAUAGAAAUGAAUUGUAUAUUAAAUAAACGAACAUUUAAUUAUCCACUUAGCAUCAAA